AUUCAGAAAACUUCAUUCUCAUCGGCUGAAAAGUGCGAAAAGGAACAAUAGUGGUUUUGCAAACACCGUGUCUUGAUUCGAAAUUCGUGAGAUAAUAUUAUCAUUUGCGUAUAGAAUAUAAUGUUAUCUGAAAUUCAUUCGCUUUUAUCUGUCCCUGGUGCAGUCCUUUCCGAAAUUACGCCGGCUAAGGCAGGGGCAGAUUUUUAAUCUAUUUGUUUCCGAGAGAGAAGAGAAGUGUGCGACCUUGCGGUGAUAUCACCCUUUACGUCAUGCCAAGCUGUGACAUCAUCACUCCUGACUCCUCCUCUUCCUUCUCUGCCAUCGAAACUCCUCCUACUCGACGUAGACCCACUGUAGUGCCGGCAACAGCACUACUCACUGUAUUCCGUGACAAAAAUUCUAAUUGCAUCCCCCACAUCAAAACAACAACCCCUGAUUCGAAAAGACCCCUCAUCAAGUGCAUUGUCAAGGUUUUGAAACGUUCUAAGAGCGAAGAGGAUAACAAUAACGAAGGUUCCAAAAAGCCCAGGGAAGAUUUUAAGGAAGUUAAACAAGUAAACAAAAAACACAUAAUAAAACUUCCCAUCAUGAUCAGCCGAACAAACCUGAAGCAGCAGUUGAUGCGGGAAGAGAUGCUGCAGCGGGAAAAGAAGGAGAGGGAGAUCUCCUGCUCUGCACCCACACAAACAUCCAUCGCCAUUAGAGUGCCUCACUACAUCCCUCCACGUGUUCCUGUUCAGCUCCCUCGACAGGAAUACAAGAGUAAACUGGAAAAUCCAACUGCUUAUCAUGUUGAAAAAAGCCAACAGCGCCAGUUUCAGGAGUAUAUUUUCCAGUCACAUCAUGGGAAGAAAUCCAACAGCCUACCUACUCAACACAUAGCCAACAGCGUUGAACCAAGUCCUGUCAGUGACUUUUCUACUGCUGUGAGUAGUAAUGCUCCAAGUCCCACAGAAUUGGAUGAAUUUUGGAAUGACUUUGAGUCCUAUAAUAGAUCUUGUACAGAUUCAGUUGCUGAUAAUUUCUUAGAUCCUAGUCUUACAGUUCCUGUUGCAGCACCAGCUGAUCCUGCCUUACUAGAUAUGCUGUCCACUAUGUUGCCACUUGAUCCUGUGUCCACAUCUUGCCCAGCAGAAUUGGCUGAAGUUAUCAGUGAUGGAGAAUUACUUACAGAAGAAAAAGUCCAAGCAAUUCAGAAAGAUAGACAGAAAAAAGACAACCACAACAGAAUUGAAAGGAAAAGAAGAUUUAAUAUAAAUGACCGUAUAAAAGAGCUCAGCACAUUGCUACCAGGCUGCAAUGAUAAGUUAGUAUAUUUUAGGUAUUAUGAAUUGGUGAAAGAUAUUCGACAAAAUAAAGGGACAAUCCUGAAAGCUUCCGUAGAUUAUGUACGAUGUCUGAAAAAGGAAGUACAAAAAAUCCCUGACUUAGAAAUGCGUUUGCGAGUUGUCGAGCAAACAAAUAAAAAAUUACUCUUGCAUAUUCAUAACUUAGAACUUCAGUUGAAAGCCAACAAUAUACCCAUCCAGAAAUCAACCUGGUACCCAUCAACGGAAGAAGAGAUACAGUCACUCAUUAAACAAGAACCCAUUCCCUACUCACCCCUCACCCAUUCCUCCAACGAAAAGUACUUUAUAAGUAGUCAACCAAAUCUGGCACCUCUGCCAGAACAUUGCAGCAGUGACUUUCAGAACUUUGACCCACUAGCUUUGCGCUUCCCGCACAGCGACCCCAAUGGCACUCGCAGGAGAGUUCCCAACAUACAAUUCCUAAAUGUCAAAAAAGAGUCCCAAUCUCAUACUUCCUCCUCCUCGUGUAGUCAAAGUCCUGCGACCUGUUACGCCUCGAGUCCUGCUCCCUCCUACAGUCCUUUCGAGGACUUGAUGAUGGAAGACGAUCAGCCCGUUACGGGUGACCCCAUGCUCUCGUCUCGCGACAGCAUGACUCCUGAGCACAUGGAUUUUAUGUCGUAGCUUGUGAAACGUCAGUUUUAGUCCUUGUUAAAAGUUAGACUUUAAGCUAUGAAAGUCUUAACUUUCAUUUUGAUAUUUAGUGAAAAGUGUGACUUUUGAUGUUGCUUGAAAAAAAAGUGUGUCUUAUCCUGAAUUUUGAAUCGGGAAAAGAGCUUUUAGGAUAUCGUGUUUUCCCUUUUGUGCAAAGUUGUGAAAAGUGAAGAUUUGUUUAAGCAGGUAGAAGAUGUAUCUGGGUCCUAAAUAUUUAUCGAACCUGUGUGACCAGAAAAAAAAUCUUGAUUUAUUACUAUAUCCAGUAAUCAAUAAUAGUAUGUGAAUUGUAUUCAGUAUGAAUUAGCCUUAACUGAUACAGGUACUCUGUUUUUAUUGAUCUUGUUUCAUUUAAGAAAGUUUGUCCUGAUACAUCUUUGUUUAUCAGUACCUGAUUAGUAUAAUAUUAAGUGGAAUAUUAUUUAAAUAUUCGUGCACUAUCGAUGAAUACUGUAUGACACUCAUAAUGGCCUUCUCACAAAGGUUCUAUCAGUUGUUAUUGUUUUUAAUAUUUGUGCCAAGGAUCUGUUUUCUCUUGACAUUUUUUCUCUCGUUGUUUAUUCUAUGUAUUCGUAAUGUUAAAAUUUUCGAAAAAUUAUUAUAUUUUUAAUUUUAUCCUGUUAAAAAUUUUAUCCUAGUUAAAUCUUAUAUUGCUUUGGAAGCUUAUUACCGACAAUAAUGUUUGCUAGUCAAACAUCACUAGUAAACUUACUUCAACCUUGACUAUCUGGUCUAGUUUAACCCCUUUGCCGUCGUAUGGUUAUUCUUAGCCACCAAAUCCUUUUGAGUUUCCACAAGAUGUGACCGCAAUUUUUGUCAUGAAGGCAUGCAGAGAUGCUCAAGUAAUCGCAACAAAUGAAGCUUUUAUAACCAAAAUAGGUUAUGCCUGGUGCAGCUUUUUUAUUGUCAUAAAACAUUUAACUUUUUCUAUGGAUGUGAUUAUACCUAUAAGGAAAAAGCUAAGUUGUGUCACUAAAUUCUUAAUUAUGCAAAAAAAUAAAUAAAUUAGUAAAUAGAUCUAGUCCUUUUUACUCUAGAUAAUGAUUGUUUUAUUGGAAAUAUUAGUUUGAUCACUAAUUUUAAUAAAAGUUAUUGACCCAACUGAAAAUUAUUUCACUGUCUGUUUGAAACUGUUUCAGAUGAAAUAUCGUUUUUUUGUCAACUGUGGAAAUACUUGUUUUAUGUGUGGAUGGAAUAAAAACUGUACUCUUCUUUUGCUAGAAUUUUCAAUUGUUAUAUUAAACAGUGCCUUUUUUCAGUAUUUUACUAUGGGUAAAAUACUUCUAUUUUAGCAGCUUACUCGUAUUUAGUAUGGAUAAUUUUAAUUUGUAUUUUAAAUUCUUAAUUGGAUGUAUAGAGUACCUUUGAGAAAUUACUCAUGAAUGAAAAGCUUAAAAUUAGGGAAAUUUUUGGAAUAAAGUGAAGAAGAGGUACAUUCAGUUGAAAAUUAAUAUUGAACAAGUGAAAAUCAUUGAUUUGUUUGAUCUAUUUGUCUUUAUAAUUUCCACACAGCAGUUAACAUUUUUUUUAAAAAAAAAAAAACUUUCCUGGAAAUUGUCUUUUAUCCAGAUUCUAAACUCUUAACUAUAGUUCAUAACCUUCAUUUAAAAGUUUGUAAUUUAAAAGUAAUAUAACUUGGGGUUAAAAAGAAUGACAUUUUUUUUAUAAUUAAGUUCUCAGAAAGGCUUCUUUUAAGUGUCCCUUUAAAUGAAUAGUAAGAAUUUUUUUCUUGUUGAAAAUUUGUGUUGUCACACAAAUUUUGUUGUAAUCAAUUGUAUAGAUUACAGAUGAAUUAAACUCUUAAUUGCUUUUUGUGUUGA